UGCUGGCUUCGCUCUUUCGGCCGCGCCAGUUGCAGCAAGGGGAGCUGUGGCGGCGCCGGGAGACGUCGGGGCGAAAGCGGUCGCAAGCCGAGGACGCCGGUUGCCUGGAGUGGCGGUCAUUAGCUAGAGGCGAGAAGAUACAUUCAUUUUGUGAUUGAAGAAAAAUCCUAUUGAAUACAAUGGCCCUGAUGCUGCUCAAUCGGCACACAACAUGGGCACUGCAGCAGAGUUCCAAGAUAUUUGCAGGAGGACUCCGAGGUAUCAGCCAAGUGGCAGCUAAAAUUGACAUGGAAUUUGACUAUGAUGGGCCACUGAUGAAGACGGAAGUCCCUGGGCCAAGAUCCAGGGAACUAAUGAAAGAGUUGAAUGUAAUUCAGAACGCCGAGGCAGUCCACUUUUUCUGCAACUACGAAGAAAGCCGAGGAAAUUAUCUUGUGGAUGUUGAUGGAAACCGGAUGUUGGAUCUCUACUCUCAGAUUUCAUCCAUCCCGAUUGGCUACAGCCACCCAUCUCUGAUCAAACUUUUGCAGCAGCCCCAGAAUCUGAGUGCUUUUGUCAACAGACCUGCUCUAGGAAUUUUGCCUCCAGAAAAUUUUGCUGAAAAGCUAAGGGAAUCUUUGCUCUCGGUGGCUCCUAAAGGCCUCUCUCAAGUAGUAACCAUGUCCUGUGGAUCUUGCUCCAAUGAAAACGCCUUUAAAACCAUAUUUAUGUGGUACAGGAACAAAGAAAGAGGAGACAACAGAGUUACCAAAGAAGAGUUGGAGACCUGCAUGAUUAACCAGCCCCCAGGUUGCCCGGAAUACAGCAUGCUUUCCUUUAUGGGUGCAUUUCACGGGAGAACCAUGGGCUGCUUAGCCACUACGCACUCCAAGGCCAUUCAUAAGCUGGACAUCCCGUCCUUCGACUGGCCCAUCGCUCCCUUCCCAAGGCUGCAGUACCCUUUGGAAGACUUUGUGCGAGAAAACGAGCAGGAGGAAGCGCGCUGCUUAGAAGAGGUGGAAGAUUUGAUUGUUAAAUACAGGAAAAAGAAUAAAGUUGUUGCCGGAAUCAUUGUGGAGCCCAUUCAGUCCGAAGGGGGGGACAAUCAUGCAUCGGAUGACUUUUUUAGGAAAUUGAGAAACAUCGCAAGAAAGCACGGCUGCGGUUUCUUGAUAGACGAGGUACAAACGGGAGGUGGCUGUACUGGCAAAUUCUGGGCCCACGAACACUGGGGGCUCGAAGAUCCAGCGGACGUCCUGAGUUUCAGCAAGAAGAUGAUGACCGGAGGGUUUUUCCACAAGGAGGAAUUUCGGGCAAAUGCACCAUAUAGGAUUUUUAACACGUGGCUUGGGGACCCUUCCAAGAAUCUUCUGCUCGCGGAGGUCAUUAAUGUCAUAAAAAGGGAGGAUCUUCUGAGCAACGUCAGCCAUGCUGGGAAGGUCCUGUUGAUGGGGCUGCUGGAAUUACAGAGUCGCUAUCCCCAUCUGAUCAGCCGAGUCCGGGGACGAGGGACAUUCUGCUCUUUUGACACUCCAAAUGACACAAUUCGGAACAAGCUCAUUGAAAUAGCAAGAAACAAAGGUGUCGUAUUAGGCGGCAGUGGGGACCGAUCGAUCCGUUUCCGACCCACUCUGGUCUUCCGAGACCACCACGCACAUCUUUUCCUGAACAUCUUCAGCGAUAUUCUGGCAGAUUUUAAGUAGCCAGGAUCCCACCUUGCACCGAGAGAGGCCAAAUAUCUUCUCAGAAUUGGAGAAUAGUUUAUUUAAGAUCAUAAAUAUAUAUGUAUAUACAUAUAAUAUAUAUUUUCACUAAUAGGAAAGAUGGAAUUCAUAAAGUGCUUUUUUAAAAAUAUUGGUUUGAUCAUGCUCACCUCCAGCACAAACUGCUUCUGGCUAUUUAAAAAAAAUAUCUGGACACGCUUUUGAUGUCCUCGGCCAUCUCCUUUAACCCAGCAAAGGCUAAGCGAUUGGUUUCGGGUUUCAAAGCUUGGCCUGGAAUUUGAAUUCCUGGGUAUGUUUCUUGCAACAGAUUUCUAGUACUCAAGUCUGGAAAAUGCACUUCUACUGCCACGGAUCCAGAGCACUGCUGAAAAUAAAGAAUGAUGGUGGACUUCUAAGGAGAAAGCAGCUGUUGGAUACAUCCAAGUCUGUCUCCGGAAUCCCUUUGCACAGUGUGGUCUCUUCUGAAGCGCACAUGGAAACUCAAAAUGCAAAAUCCCUCCAUGUCAUGCGCCUGCUAACAUCAGACUGUUAUUUGCACCGCCUCCGAGGGUCUACAGGCCUCUCCAAAAGGAGGUUAAGGAUCUUGGAAGGCUCGCAGCAUCUUUUCCAAGCCUUGAUCCUCCUCAUCUCUUUUACAGAGGAGUUGCUGAUGUGGAUUUGGGGCUUUGCAGGUGCCAACUUCCUUCCCUGCUUCGUUGCUUGCAAACCGAUUGCUGUCACUGCUUUUAUUUUACAUUUUUUGGGCAUCUUCACUUGGACAUGCCGAUGGUACUUCCUUUGGUGACAAAACAGGGUUUUUUUAAAACUCAAAAGGAUCAGGUGUUUGGAAGGACUCUUUGGCAGAAACGGUAGAAUUUUUGCAAUUGUGAAGUGGGGGUGGGGGUCAAAUGGAGCCAGCAAAAUGAGUAAAUCCAUCACCUUCUACAGCUGUGGUGCACUGUCCAAGGCUUUGUAAUGGCACCCAGCCCUCCCAACUCAUGAUUGCAGCCUCCAGAACCCUCCAAAAUAUUGUCUUACUGCAUUUUUUUUUAAUACAGCAGGAGGGAAAUGUGCAUUUGGGGAAUGAUUGUAUGAAUUCUAAUGUAAUUUUAAUUCAAUUUGGCUUCGCUUCUGUUCUACCUUUGUCCUUUUGUUUGAAGUGGAAUCCAAAGCUCACGCGUGGUCUUUUGUGACCAGUGAUGCCUCCUUCCUAUCCUUUGUGGAGCUUUUGGAGGAAUAAUCCCAAUCAGAUUGCAAAAUGAGAGCAUUUAUAGUCUUGGCAACCUGUGAUUUGGCCCCAAUGUUUGGUAUUUCUGCAGGCCUCCCAUUCAUGCAUUGAGGUAAAUUUUGUCCAUCUCGGUUUAUGAGGAAGAAGUUUAUGAGAGGGGCAUCUGAAGCCUUUCCAACAGGAAAACUGCCUCUUGAAGGGAUUGGAAAUGAAGCAGAUUGUAUGUAAGAGCCACAGUGGCACAGUGGUUAGAGUGCAGUACUGCAGGCUAUUACUGCUGCCUGCCUGCAAUUUGGCAGUUCAAAUCCCACCAGGCUCAAGGUUGACUCAGCCUUUCAUCCUUCCAAAGUGGGUCAAAUGAGGACCCAGAUUGUUGGAGGCAAGAGGCUGACUCUGUAAACUGCUUAGAGAGGGCUGUAAAAGCCCUGUGAAGCAGUAUAUAAGUCUAAGUGCUAUUGCUAUCUUUUCUUCCUGUUCGGAAUGAGGCCCUCAUGAAAACAGGAAUAUACCAUUUGAAACUUUCUCCUGUGCUUUUUAACCAGAAUCCCAACCUGCAAGCUAGUUUAUGAAGAUGUGUGUAUAGAUAGAAGAAAAAAAAAAGGUAUUGUUAUACACUUCAAGUGACCUGGUUACAGCUAGUCCUUGACUUACAACCACAACUUAUGGCCCAAUUUCUGUUGCUAAGUAAGACAAUUGCUGAGUGAGUUUUGCUCCAUUUUACAACUUUUCUUGCCCCCGUUGUUAAAUGAACUAUUGCUGUUGUUAAAUCAGAAAUACGGUUGUUUAAGUGAAUAUGGCUUCCCCAUUGACUUUGCUCAUCAGGUCAAAACGGAUCACUUGACCCUGGGACACUGCAAGUGUCAUAAAUAGGAACCAGUUGCCAAGUGUCUGGAUUUUGAUCACGUGACCAUGGGGAUGCUGUAAUAGUUGUGUGAAAAAUGGCCAUAAGUCACUUUUUUCAGGGACUGUUUGAACAGUCAUUAAAUCAGCUGUUGUAAGUCAGGGACUUCCUGUAUGUAACCCCCUGCAAAUGUCACUGGGGCAGAAUAUCUCCCCCUACCCUGCUUCUCUCAUCCCUGGAGCAGCUCAGAAACAGGAAGGAAAAUCUGAAGACCUUUGGGAUUACAGAUGAUGAGAAGAGGACAAAAGACCAGAAGCUAACAAUAUUAAAUCUCUCCAAUCCCUCAUUUUCUCCCAUCCCACCAACUUGGAAGGCCAGGGGGCUGUCGCCAGUUUGUAGCGAUAGUAGUUGGAGUGCCAAAAAGAGCAUUAAAAAAAUGGCAAGAGGCCAUUUGGGUUUCAUUUUUGCAAGAGCUGGAUCUAGUGAGGCAGAAACCAGUGAUUCUCAGGCUGGACAGAAUUGCCAUCUGUCAGAAAUGGCAUAGGGUCUCCUGCUUGGAUGCGGGAUUGGACUAAAUGACCUACAAGAGGUCCCUUCCAACUCUGUUAAUCGGAAUAUAGAACCAUUUUGCAAACCUAGAACAGGUAUGUCCCAUUCUCGAGGUCGAAAAGAAAAUAACCAAAUUUCCAGAGAGUCUCAGAAAGGGCCUAGAAUUUAAACCAUGUAAGGGAUACAGAGAAAUAGUUGACUUUUUUGUCUUCUGCAGUAGGCAAAUCUUCUACAUAUAUAUAUGGCUUCUUUCUUGUCUACAAUAAAAUAACUAAUUUAGCUGUG